AGGUGGCACAUCUCAGCUUUACUGGAGCAGCAACAAAGUAAAAGAUGUAUCACCAUAUAACUGGAUUGUUAGCUGUUGUGCUUCAUUUAGAGGUACUGCAUGGGAUUCUCAACCCAUUGAUCAUAUCAUAAAACAGGACUAUUGCAAUAUUCUCAGGGUCAGACUGGGUCAGCGGAACACGGGGUAAAAACCUGGCCCUCGAGGGCCCCACCAACCCAGCCAGACACCCGUCUGCUGCAACAUACUGACCUAAUCUGCCCCUGAUCUCCCCCUUCAGACCUCAAUCGCAACUAACAGAUCUGAUGUCUUUAUUAUAACGGGAAGCCCCAGAUGCCAGUACACCAACAUACUGUAUCGACUUUACCAGGAACACCACAGCACUAUGGCAGAUUAUGGUUCUUAUUGGUUACCAUUACUACUUUGUGUUUUUCUGCUGUCGCUGGUUACAGUGGCAACAUCAGAAGAGACAAGUAACCGCACCUCAAACAACACGCAACCUCUGCUUGACGCACUGCCAGUGGUAACAUUAAGGGUAGAUCAUAUUAUUGUGAAGGAGGGCAAUGGUGCAUUAAUCAGAUGCAACAUAGAAGGAAACCCAGACCCUCAUUUUCAAUGGUACAACUCCAAUGGGCAUUUACUAAAGGAAGACAAUGAUGAAAAGCUGUGGAUUCUUGAAAAUGGACUUUUAAAUAUUACAAGUGUAUCAUUUGAAGACAGAGGAAAAUACACAUGUGUUGCUACCAAUUCCCAUGGAAGUGUCAAUAAUACUGUUACUCUGAGAGUGAUAUUCACCUCUGAUAAUAUGGGUAUAUAUUACAUGAUUGUCUGCCUUGUUGCCUUUACCAUAGUGAUGGUCCUGAACAUCACCAGACUCUGCAUGAUGAGCAGCCAUCUGAAGAAAACCGAGAAGGCUAUAAAUGAAUUCUUCCGGACAGAAGGUGCUGAGAAAUUGCAAAAGGCAUUUGAGAUUGCCAAGAGAAUCCCUAUUAUUACAUCUGCCAAAACACUUGAACUUGCCAAAGUCACACAGUUUAAGACGAUGGAGUUUGCCCGGUACAUUGAGGAACUUGCCAGAAGUGUUCCCCUACCGCCUCUUAUCAUGAACUGCAGAACUAUUAUGGAAGAGAUCAUGGAGGUUGUUGGUUUGGAAGACCUAGGGCAUUCAUUAAGACAGGGGGCAGUUGGCCAAGAUGUUGGUGAGGAAGACGAGGUCUUUACUAUCCCUAAUUCUUUGCAAAGGAGUGAGUCCCCAACAGCAGAUUCAGAUGCAUCAUCUCUUCAUGAACCUUCUUGCCAAAUUGCUAUUACAGUCUCUGUACACCCGCUGGCCAAGUGUUUAGACACACAGUCGCAGGACAGUGCUCAGUCUCAUGUGGAAGAAGAAGCUGCAUCGAAAACAUUUGCACAGACUAGUGAAACAGCUCUGCCUCCAUCAGAUGCCACUAACACGUGCAUCGUAUAUGAAAGCCACGUUUAAGCUUACUUAGUAAUCUAUGCAUAUCACUGAAGACACUCCAAGCACCUUAUUGAGAGGAUAACUGAAAUUUGCCAUGUAGCCUUACUAGAAGAAUGUACCAUCGCUUAACCUUUUCCAGAAAAACAGCAGCUCUGUAGCCAUGCUGAACCUCAAGCUUGUCACCUGAAAUCUGGUACAUUUUGCAAAACAACCUCACAAUGAAAGAGAGAAAAUAUAUUAAUCUUGCACUUCUUCUGUUCUGUUCCAUUUGUUCCAUUUUGCCUAUAAAUGUCUACAUAUUGCUUCAGAAACGGCAACUCAGUAUGGAGAAAUGUAUACAUGUCUGUCUAUUACAAAGCUUUAGUCAUAGGACAACGCUAAAUGUUAUUUCUUUCCACUUCUCCGGAAAACUGGAUCAUUGGUUACAUGUAUAAUGAAUUGAUUGAUUUCCUGUGGCACAACAAAAUAUUCAUGUGUUGGUAUAUAAAAGCCUAGGAGAGAGGUAAGAUAAAAUCCAUUUCCAAAGAUUAAAAAACAUUUGGUGCAAAUUUUUAAUUUAGACUUUAAAAAGUAGAAAUACAUAUCAUGUACGAUAGGUGGUACCAUAAGAUGAUCCUGUUAAUGCUUCAGCCAUACAGGAACAUGUGCAUUUCAGUUUGGGUAAGGCUUAAAUAGAUUUUGUACCUAUACAUACCAACCAACAUUUUGCAAAUAAAAAGAGGGACAAAAAAUUUGCUGGGCGUAUUGCGGCAAUUUUUUUUGACCACACCCAUUUUUGUGGCCACA